CACGCACAAAAUCUCUCUCCCCAAUACCUUACUGUUCUUUGAAGGAACAGCCAGUUCUCUCUCUGUCUAUCUGUCUGCAUUUGAGCCAUGGGUUCGGAGAGAUGUUAUGUUUGGAGCUCGUUGUCAUGCUCAUCUGCUUCUACGACGUCGUCUUUGACGAGUGCGGCGGAUGGUAUGGUGAAGAUGGAGCUGGAGGCGGCAGAGGCUCUGGCCGAUUUGGCCCAUUUGGCGGUGCCAGAGAGUGCUGGCAGUGGCUUGUGCAGGAAAUGGGGGACCAAAGGGAAACGGGCAGCGAAGCGAGUCAAGAGAGAGUCGCCGCCGGGUGACUCCGCGUUUAGGUUGAACCCGCUGGACUCGGUGCCAAGCUACUCGGAUCUGGCUGAGCAGGUUCCCAGCAUUACAGAAGUGAAGGCUGAGCAGGAUUCUGAAUUGGCUAAACCAACUCCCAACUGCAACGGAAGUUUUGCACCAUUUGUUUUGUGUAAAACAAGACGAAAGUUGACUGAGGCUGAAAAGGAAGAACAGAGAAUACGCAGGGUAUUGGCAAAUAGAGAGUCAGCUAGGCAGACAAUUCGUCGUAGGCAGGCUCUGUGUGAGGAUUUAACCAGGAAAGCUGCUGAUCUGGCACGGGAGAAUGAAAAUUUGAAGAGGGACAAGGAGUUGGCUUUGAAAGAGCAUCAGUCCUUGGAGACCACAAAUAAACAUUUAAAGCAACAGAUGGCAAAGGUAAGAAAGGCUGUGGUUGAGGAAACUCCAGGUGAGCAUUAUUCAGCAGAUGUGGCAGCCUCUCUGUCUUCAUCCAGGAACUGUCCGUGGCACUUGUACGACCACCCUCCAUUCCUGCCUGUUCUAUGGCCUUCUGUCAUUCAAUCUUCAAAUCGUGUUCAAUCACAAUAUGGGAGGCAAAGUGCCAUUGUCAUUCCGUCAAACAUGCCCAUGCCAGCUGCUUGUAGGCCUGAUAACUCUCGAGAGCAAGAAAACCGCAUAGAUGUCGAUGGGCAAAAAGCACCAUUGUAUGUAUUGCCAUUUCCUUGGUUCUUCCCUCUUCCUGGUCCUGGGAACAGACUCCAACCUCUGCCCUCUACUGGUAUGAAAUAUGAACAAGGCGAAGCUUCUCGUAGUAACCAUAAUGCCAGUUCAUUUUCAAAAUUUAUUGCACAUGUAGAAAAUCGCCAUUGCUCUUUACCCAUUGAAGUAAAGACAGAAGUUUCAGGCUCAUCGGAAGUCAGACCUGAUAAUGACUUGAAUGAGACCCCAAUAGGGUUCCCUCUGGAUGGAGUUAGUCAGCAUACAGGAGCUAACUCUGAGGAAAUUCUAUAUACACCUGCAUCACUAGAUUGUUCCCAACCUGCAUCUACCAUCAAGCACGAGAACAUGUCCCAAUCAGCUUAUGCUCCCAAUAUUGAAACAACUUCUACAGCCCGUCCUAUUGCAAGUGCUUUGCCAGAAAAGCAAGAAUCAGCAGUUUUCCCAGGUAAGAAGCUAAUUGAUACGGUUGCUGCAGCAGAAGCCAGAAAGAGGAGGAAGGAACUGACAAAGCUAAAGAAUCUCCAUGGUCGUCCAUGUCAGAUGCAUUGUUGAGAUCAAGUCGAGGUGAAGAAUAGCAAAUAGGCUGUGUAUAAUUUCUUUGCUUUCACACUGGUUUAGUGCCUAUUUACCCUUGGAGCCAGCCUUCAGCACUUACCGAUGACAAUAGAAGUCCUUUGAAGGGACAGUUGCCAGCAUGUAAUCUGGUGCCAUUUCUGAGACCGCCUCAGGUAUUCAAGACUUUCUUAGUCAUCUAGCUAGGUUUUCUUUAGGUGGAAUGUGAUGUGAGCGGAAAAUAUGUUUGGUCAACAUGUCAAUCUUCAAAGGAAGAGAAAAGAGUGGUUAUUCAAGAAUGUGUUUUUUUCCGAGUGGUUGAUUUAUUUAGGGAAAUGCUGCGAGGAAAUGAGCAUUUUUAAAUUGCAACGAUGCUGUCGUUUGCGAUGGUCCUCCAAAGAAAAAAACAUGGUUCUGACGAGUUGUAAUUAUACUUAAUGGCUUGUAUUCCUUCUGUAGCCAGAUCACGAGAAGAGUUAAUUGACAAGGUUGAGUUUAUGGUA